CAGAGCGGGACCGCGUGGUCGUGUCCGGGCGAAGGCAGGACAGUCUGAGCGUACAGAGGAGGAGGAGGACUCGGCUUCAGACCGGACACGCAGCGGUGCAGUCACGAUGGAGUCUCACAGACUGAGCAACUCUCCAGACAUAAGGAUGCAGCAGCACAGUCCUGGAGGCAACCAGGACAACUUGUUUGGAGUGAUGGUUAAAGUUCAAGGGAUUAAAGGUCAUCCUUACGUGGUCCUGAACAGUUCUGGCCAGGAGAGCCACAGGGACAUCGCUGUUAUCACUCACCAGACAGGGUACAACCCAGGUACAGUGAGAAGGUCUGUGGAAGAAAGACAUUCUCCAACUGAGACGCAGAGGGCUGCAGACUCCUCCACGUUUCAUUAUCAGAAACACCCAGAGAUUCUGAGACCUUAUGACCCUAAAAGUAAUAAUCUGAACCAGGUCUUUCCUUCACAAACAUCCUCAGUUGUACGACCUGGACAGUUGCACCCCAACCUUAUUCCUGAGACAACCCACACCACUAAUUUGACCAAAUCCAGAAUCCCUCUGCCAGCUGAGGGCCCAGAGGAAGGCCCAGGUGAGGUGACCCAGAGCAAGGAGCCUCCCUCAGGUGGGCACGUCUCUGCAAGGUCCGCAAAUUCAGUGGAUACAGAAUCCAUCUUAUCAGUGGGGAGACUAAUAAGCCAGUUCAACAGCAGCCAGCGGAGGGGGAGGGGUGGCCCAAGGAACAGGCUGGACCCAGAGCAGUGUCGAAGGUCACGCAGCGUGGACAGUGGUCGAACCUCAGAUUCCUCCUCAUCCUCCUCCUCCAGCAAAGCCUCAUCUCUGAGAGGCAUCAGGGGUGAGACCUUAGGUGGGAUAUAUCCUCCCGGGUCAGCCAGGGCUCGACUCCUCAGCGGAGAGGCCACUUUGGCAAUCAAAAGAGAUGAAAGCAAGACCACCCUGCUGGUCAAAGCUGAAAAAGAGGUGCUAUCUUCACAGGCUACAAAACUGCUUCACAGAGCAGAGAAAACCUCCAUAUCCAGACCAUGUAGUGACCAGACUGAUGAAUCUGAUCCUAGAGAUACACAGGUCACUCCUGAUCUUCUGAAAGGACAGCAAGAACUGCCAGCGGAUCCAAUGGAGGACACAGCUAAACAAAUUGUGUUCACAUACCUCAAAGAUGGGACGACUGAUGAUGACUCCACCACUCAGAGGAAAGUUAACUUGCUGUUUGAAAAGAUCAGCAAGCUCAAGUGGAAAACUGCUGUGAAUGUGGAGGAGGAGGAGAAAGACUUUGCAGCUGAGAUGAAGCAUUUGCAGGAGAAACAGGCAGCGCUGGAAAAGGAAGUGUCUGAAUUACAGCAACAACUGGAGAAUGAGAUAAAGAAUGAAAAGACUCUAGCCAAAGCCUGUGAGAAGGCCAGGACAGAGAAGAAGAAACUUGAGGAGGAGUUGGCCAAAACUCAGAUUGAACUUUCCAAACUCAGGGACAGACUGGCUGAAAUAGAGGCAGAGCUACAGACUACCAAACAGGAGCUGACUCUGAUGAAGGCAGAGAAAGAAAGAUCUAGGACCGAAAUGAAAGAUCUUCAGCAGCAGCUCUCUGAGAUGCACGAUGAGCUGGACCAAGCCAAGAAGGCAGAGCUGGUAAACUCAGAGAAAGAAGUGCUUCUGAAGGACGUGGCACAGCUCCGUACAGAUUUUCAGGAGAUGUUAAAGGUGAAGGAGGAGCAGGAGGAAGUGCUGCACCACCGGGAAAGGGAGCUUAAUGCCCUGAAGGGGGCGCUCAAAGAGGAGGUGGAGUCCCAUGAUAAGUAUAUGGCUGCUCUGAAGGAUGACUAUGAUCAGGAGCUUGGGAAACUGCUCAGGGAUUUAGAGCUGGUUAAAGAGAGUAACACUUUGCUGGGUUAUAAGAAGGUAGAGGCAGAGGAGGAGAGCGCUGCAGCUAAGGUGCAGCUGAAGGAGCUGAGCCAGGAAAGAGAUAAGCUGCGAGGAAAGGUGCAGGAGCUCAGCACCAAGGUGGAUCAGCUCGGUCAGUCAAUCCAGGAAGCUAAAACCACAGAGAGACAGCUGGAGCAGAGAGCAAAGCAGCUGGAGAGAGAAAAGCAGCAGGUUGAAGAAACGCUAAAGGACGUGAGGAGGAACGAGGAGGAAAUGUGUCAGUCCAACCAGUCACUGCUCACUCGGUUGGAGGAGCUGCAGAGUAAGUUGACCAAACUCAAUCAUGAGCACAGGGACUUGAAAGAGAAGCUCAAAGAGGAGAAGAAACAAGUCGAGGAGCUGUGGAAAACAAAAACUGAACUGGAGGAUAUGAAGAGGCUGCACGAUAGGGCUGUGGAGCAACUGCAGAGGAAGAUGAAUAGCAUCAUGGAGGAGUGUGAGGCAUCUACAGAUGUACUUCAGAACCAGGUUGAUGAGGCCAGAGAGAGGAGUCAGAGGGAGUUGGCCGAGCUGCGGAGACAGCUGCAGGAAAAGGGAGCAGAGCUGGAGAAAUCCCGACAGGCAGCCAAAAAACUGCAGGAAGAGCUGCUUCCUCUGGAGGAGGAUGUGCGGCAAUGUCGCAGGGAGCAGCAGGAGGCCCAGCUGAGGGGCCGGCAGCUGGAGCAGAGGGUGGAGGAGCUGGAGGAGAGGAAUGCAGCCAUGGUGGAAGAGAGAGAGCGGCAAGUCAAGAUCUUGGAGGGCCGUAUCAGUCAACUGGAAGAAGAUCUUAAUGAUGAGCGCAGCAGUGCUGACCGCCUGAUGGAACGGUUAGACAAAACCAAAGAGCAGAUGGAUCAGAUGAGGAACGAGCUGACGCAUGAGAGAGCAGUCAGGCAGGACCUGGAGUGUGACAAGAUGAGUCUGGAGAGACAGAAUAAAGACCUAAAGAGCAAAGUGUCUCAUCUGGAAGGGUCACAGAAGACCAAGCAGGACUCAGUCCUCACCAAGCUUAACAGCCGCAUUCAGGAACUGGAAGAGAGGUUGCAAGGUGAAGAAAGGGAUAACAACAGCCUGCAACAGGCAAACCGUAAACUGGAGCGCAAGGUGAAGGAGAUGAAGAUGCAUGCGGAUGAGGAGCACAUCAACCUUCAAACCCAGACGGACCAGCUGACACAGAGGCUGAAGAUGGCGAAGAGGCAGAUGGAUCAGGCAGAGGAGGAGAUCGAGCGCCUGGAACAUGCUAAGAAGAAGCUGCAGAGAGAACUGGAUGACCAGCUCGAGGCCAACGAGCAGCUUCACGGCCAACUGAGCACGCUGCAGAACGAGAUGAGGCGCAAGAAGAAAUCACCUUCCCUCAUUAAGGUUGUGGACGACAGUGUGAACGACGUGGACGACUUUGGAUCUGACUGAGUGGCCUGUAAUAAAAACUGACCAAAAGUCACUUCUGGACUUUACCAAGACUGCGAUGAAUCCUUGAUUUAACAGUUCAACAUAACUCUUAUAACAACUCAGGGGUGUGUUCAUAGUGCUUCUAGCUGUGAGUAGCAUGGCAGCUUGCCAAGGCUGACCUCUUGUGGUACUAUGUAUAAGAACAACAAACUGAUGUUUUACAAUAUGAUAGACAUAUUUACCCAAAUAGAUUUUUUGUUUCCUAAGUUAUUCCAUUGCUGUGUGAGUUAAUAUGGUGCAAACUAAUGAAUAAAUACUCUAUAUA